AUGCGAGCAUCUCAGACUCUUCUUGCCCUGAGCGGCGUGCUUGGUUUUGCCCAGGCUGGCCCCUGCAAGCCUCAUGCACCCUCAUCUGGUAUCCCCAGCACUGCUGUCAUGACCAGUGCAACCACCACUGGAUCGGGCUCUCAACCUACUGCUUCGGCUGAGACAGGCACUGUCGAUACUGCUACGGUCCAGAUUGGCACAGACGAGGUCACUUCGACCAAGACUAAGGAUCCCAACACCACGACCGCUGCUACCUCCGCUACCUCCUCUGCCACCACUUCUGGCGCUCCUACUCCCACUCCCUGCGCUAUUCAGCCCGGAUGCCAAGCCGCUGGCUUCAACGUCGACUACUACAAGAACGUCUUCGAGCGUGGCUACGGCAAUGAUGAGGUGUCCGUCCCUCCUUCAUACUACAUCACCGAUCACCUUACCCCCCUUGACUCUUCUAUGACAAGCGAGACAUACUUUGCUCAGGAUUAUAUGCAAGACCUCGCCAACUACCCUCAGAUCUUCCCCGAUAGUGCCUAUGCUGGAAAAGCUUGGUAUGUUGGUUAUCAUCGUACUCUCGCUGUCGGUAUCAAGGUUGAUGCAAACAACUUUACCCUCGUUUACACCGGUUUCUACCGUGCCCCUGAGACUGGAACUUAUGAGCUUUGCGUUACUGCUGACAACGCCAACACCCUCUACUUUGGCCAGGGCAACGCUUUUGAGUGCGGAACGGGCGAGGCUGAUCCCAACGCUCCUGCUCUUGUCUUAACUGCUACCGGUUAUCACUUCAAUAACCCUACUCAAUGUGGCACAGUUGAUCUUAUUGAAGGUCGCCACUACCCUGUUCGAAAUGUUAUGGGCAACAAGAAUGCUGUUUCUAUGUUUGAGUUUAGUGUCAAGACUCCCAGUGGUGCCAAGACUCACGAUUUCUCGGGACAGGCAUUCCCUGUUACUUGUGGACUUUAG